GAAGGAAGUCAGAAACUACGCAAAGAACCGAAGGAGACCAACAUCGAAUCUAUGAAAAUGGAGGGCUCCCGGGGCCGGCUCCGGGGUGGCUUGGGCUGGGAGUCCAGCCUCCGCCAGCGGCCCAUGCCGCGGCUCACCUUCCAGGCGGGGGACCCCUACUACAUCAGCAAGCGCAAGCGGGACGAGUGGCUGGCACGCUGGAAAAGGGAGGCUGAGAAGAAGGCCAAGGUGAUUGCAGUAAUGAACGCCGUGGAAGAAAACCAGGGGUCCGGCGAGUCCCAGAAGGUGGAGGAGGCCAGCCCUCCUGCAGUGCAGCAGCCCACUGACCCCGCAUCCCCCACUGUGGCCACAACCCCCGAGCCUGUGGGGGCUGACACGGGGGACAAGAACGCCACCAAAGCAGCCGAUGACGAGCCAGAGUACGAGGACGGCCGGGGCUUUGGCAUUGGGGAGCUGGUGUGGGGGAAACUGCGGGGCUUCUCCUGGUGGCCAGGCCGCAUUGUGUCUUGGUGGAUGACGGGCCGGAGUCGAGCAGCUGAAGGCACCCGCUGGGUCAUGUGGUUCGGAGACGGCAAGUUCUCAGUGGUGUGCGUUGAAAAGCUGAUGCCGCUGAGCUCCUUCUGCAGCGCUUUCCACCAGGCCACCUACAACAAGCAGCCCAUGUACCGCAAAGCCAUCUACGAAGUGCUGCAGGUGGCCAGCAGCCGAGCCGGGAAGCUGUUCCCAGCGUGCCAUGACAGCGAUGAGAGCGACACUGCCAAGGCCGUGGAGGUGCAGAACAAGCAGAUGAUCGAAUGGGCCCUUGGCGGGUUCCAGCCCUCUGGCCCCAAGGGCCUGGAACCACCAGAAGAGGAGAAGAACCCCUACAAAGAAGUUUACACAGACAUGUGGGUUGAACCCGAGGCAGCUGCCUACGCACCGCCCCCACCAGCCAAAAAGCCCCGGAAGAGCACAACCGAGAAGCCCAAGGUCAAGGAGAUUAUCGACGAACGCACAAGAGAGCGGCUGGUGUACGAGGUGCGGCAGAAGUGCCGGAACAUCGAGGACAUUUGCAUCUCGUGUGGGAGCCUCAACGUCACCCUGGAACACCCUCUCUUCAUCGGAGGAAUGUGCCAAAACUGCAAGAACUGCUUCCUGGAGUGCGCGUACCAGUACGAUGACGACGGCUACCAGUCCUACUGCACCAUCUGCUGUGGGGGGCGCGAGGUGCUCAUGUGCGGGAACAACAACUGCUGCAGGUGCUUUUGCGUGGAGUGCGUGGAUCUCUUGGUGGGGCCCGGCGCCGCCCAGGCAGCCAUCAAAGAAGACCCUUGGAACUGCUACAUGUGCGGGCACAAGGGCACCUACGGGCUGUUGCGGCGGCGGGACGACUGGCCCUCGCGGCUGCAGAUGUUCUUCGCCAAUAACCACGACCAGGAAUUUGACCCUCCGAAGGUUUACCCACCUGUCCCAGCCGAGAAGAGGAAGCCCAUCCGGGUGCUGUCUCUGUUUGACGGAAUUGCUACAGGGCUCCUGGUGCUGAAGGACCUGGGCAUUCAGGUGGACCGCUACAUCGCCUCGGAGGUGUGCGAGGACUCCAUCACGGUGGGCAUGGUGCGGCACCAGGGGAAGAUCAUGUACGUCGGGGACGUCCGCAGCGUCACGCAGAAGCAUAUCCAGGAGUGGGGCCCGUUCGACCUGGUGAUUGGGGGCAGUCCGUGCAAUGACCUCUCCAUCGUCAACCCUGCCCGCAAGGGACUCUACGAGGGCACCGGCCGGCUCUUCUUUGAGUUCUACCGCCUCCUGCACGACGCGCGGCCCAAGGAGGGAGAUGACCGCCCCUUCUUCUGGCUCUUUGAGAACGUGGUGGCCAUGGGCGUUAGUGACAAGAGGGACAUCUCGCGAUUUCUCGAGUCCAACCCUGUGAUGAUUGAUGCCAAAGAAGUGUCAGCUGCACACAGGGCCCGCUACUUCUGGGGGAACCUUCCUGGUAUGAACAGGCCGUUGGCAUCCACUGUGAAUGAUAAGCUGGAGCUGCAGGAGUGUCUGGAGCAUGGCAGAAUAGCCAAGUUCAGCAAAGUGAGGACCAUUACCACGAGGUCGAACUCCAUAAAGCAGGGCAAAGACCAGCAUUUCCCCGUCUUCAUGAAUGAGAAAGAGGACAUCUUAUGGUGCACUGAAAUGGAAAGGGUGUUUGGCUUCCCUGUCCACUAUACCGACGUCUCCAACAUGAGCCGCUUGGCGAGGCAGAGACUGCUGGGCCGGUCGUGGAGCGUGCCGGUCAUCCGCCACCUCUUCGCUCCGCUGAAGGAGUAUUUUGCUUGUGUGUAAGGGACAUGAGGGCAAACUGAGGUAGUUAAACAAACAAACAAAAAAAAACACACAAAAAAACACACACAACAAAACACAAAGAACAUGAGGAUGGAGAGAAGUAUCAGCACCCAGAAGAGAAACAGGAAUUUAAGACAAAAACCAGAGGCGGAAACACCGGAGGGCCUGGCCUGGUGGAAAGGGUUGGACAUCAUCUCCUGAUUUUUCAAUGUUAAUCUUUAGUCCUAUUUAACAAACAUCAAGUUCCCUCUCCCCCUCUCCCCCCUUUAUUUGGUCUAAUCUUUUGUUCUCUACUCUUUUCAGAGGGGUUUUCUGUUCGUUUGGGUUUUUGUUUCUUGCUGUGACUGAAACAAGAGGAUUUAUUGCAGCAAAAAUUAAUAACAAAACAUAGUAAACGAUACCUUGCCGAGAGGAAAGAUAAGAGAGAAGGAAAAAAGGAAAUUCUAUGGAAAUCUAUAUAUCGGUAUUGGAUUUUUUUUUUUUUUUUUUUUUUUACUAUAUAUCUUUUUGUUGUUGUCUCUAGCCUGAUCAGAUAGGAGCACAAGCAGGGGACGGGAAGUAGAGACACUCAGGAGGCCGAAACCCCUCCCAGCCCCUGAGCUGUCCUGCCAGCACCAUUCCUGGUCAUGCAAAGCAGAACCCAACUAGCAGCAGGGAGACGAGGCCACCACGAGACCCUUUUAUACAGUAUUUCAGGUGCCUACCACACAGGAAACCUUGAAGAAAACCAGUUUCUAGAAGCCGCUGUUACCUCUUGUUUACAGUUUAUAUAUAUAUGAUAGAUAUGAGCUCUAUAUAUAAAAGGUACUGUUAACUACUGUACAACCUGACUUCAUAAUGGUGCUUUCAAACAGCGAGAUGAGUAAAAACAUCAGCUUCCAUGUUGCCUUAUGCGCAAAGGGUUUUAAUCAAGGGUGGAGAGAGGGAGAAGGUCAAUCACCAUCCAGGUGGCUUUUCCCCUGGGUGUGCCACGGGGUGAAGGACAAUUGGGGAACAGCUCUUC